AGCUGCGCCGCCCCGCCUCCUGUCUCUCUCCUCACCUCCCCACCCCCUCCCAGUUUCGCGUCUCCUAGCCCGACGCGCCCGCUAUAAUCACGUGAUUGCCUCAUCCGGGUCCUUUGCGUUCUCUCUCCUUCUCCCAACAUGGCGGCCUCAGCAAAAAAGAAGAAUAAGAAGGGGAAAACUAUCUCCCUAACAGAUUUUCUGGCUGAGGAUGGAGGGACUGGUGGAGGAAGCACCUAUGUUCCCAAACCAGUCAGCUGGGCUGAUGAAACAGAUGACCUGGAAGGAGAUGUUUCAACUACUUGGCACAGUAAUGACGACGAUGUGUAUAGGGCACCUCCAAUUGACCGUUCCAUCCUGCCCACUGCUCCACGGGCUGCUCGGGAACCCAAUAUUGACAGGAGCCGUCUUCCCAAAUCGCCACCCUAUACUGCUUUUCUAGGGAACCUACCCUACGAUGUGACAGAAGACUCCAUUAAGGAAUUCUUUAGAGGAUUAAAUAUCAGUGCAGUGCGUUUACCACGUGAACCCAGCAAUCCAGAGAGGUUGAAAGGUUUUGGUUACGCUGAGUUUGAGGACCUGGAUUCCUUGUUCAAUGCUCUGAGCCUAAAUGAAGAGUCUCUAGGUAACAGGAGAAUUCGAGUGGACGUUGCUGAUCAAGCACAGGAUAAAGACAGAGAUGAUCGUUCUUUUGGCAGAGAUCGAAAUCGGGAUUCUGACAAGACAGAUACAGACUGGAGGGCCCGUCCUGCCACAGACAGCUUUGAUGACUACCCACCUAGAAGAGGCGAUGAUAGCUUUGGAGACAAGUAUCGAGAUCGUUACGAUUCAGACCGAUACCGUGAUGGGUAUCGGGACAGUUAUCGUGAUGGUCCGCGCCGGGAUAUGGAUCGCUACGGAGGCCGGGACCGCUAUGAUGACAGAAGCAGCAGAGACUAUGAUAGAGGCUACGAUUCCAGGAUAGGCAGUGGCAGAAGAGCAUUUGGUAGUGGGUACCGUAGGGAUGAUGACUACAGAGGAGGCGGGGACCGCUAUGAGGACAGAUACGACAGACGUGAUGAUCGUUCAUGGAGCUCCAGAGAUGAUUACUCUCGGGAUGAUUAUAGGCGUGAUGAUAGAGGUCCCCCCCAAAGACCCAAACUGAAUCUAAAGCCUCGGAGCACUCCUAAGGAAGAUGAUUCCUCUGCUAGCACCUCCCAGUCCAGUCGAGCAGCCUCUAUCUUUGGAGGGGCAAAGCCUGUUGACACAGCUGCUAGAGAACGAGAAGUAGAAGAGCGGCUACAGAAGGAACAGGAGAAAUUGCAGCGUCAGCUGGAUGAGCCAAAACUAGAACGACGGCCUCGGGAAAGACACCCAAGCUGGCGAAGUGAAGAAACUCAGGAACGGGAACGGUCAAGGACAGGAAGUGAAUCAUCACAGACUGGGACCUCAUCCACAUCUGGCAGAAGUAAGUCAGACCAGGAUGCACGAAGGAGAGAGAGUGAGAAGUCUCUAGAAAAUGAAGCACUCAGUAAGGAGGAAGACUGUCACUCUCCGACUUCUAAGCCUCCCAAACCUGAACAGCCUCUAAAGGUAAUGCCAGCUCCUCCACCAAAGGAGAAUGCUUGGGUGAAGCGAAGUUCUAACCCUCCUGCUCGAUCUCAGAGCUCAGACACAGAGCAGCAGUCCCCUACAAGUGGUGGGGGGAAAGUAGUUCCAGCUCAACUGUCUGAGGAAGGACCAGCAAGGAAAGCAGAUGAAAACAAAGUGGAUGGGGUGAGUGUUCCAAAAGGCCAAAGUGGGAACUCCAGCCGUGGUCCAGGAGAUGGAGGGAAUAAAGACCACUGGAAGGAGUCAGAUAGGAGUGAUGGCAAAAAGGAUCAAGACUCCAGAUCUGCACCUGAGCCAAAGAAACCUGAAGAAAAUCCAGCCUCUAAGUUCAGUUCUGCAAGCAAGUAUGCUGCUCUCUCCAUUGACGGUGAAGAUGAAAAUGAGGGAGAAGAUUACACCGAAUAGACCUCUACAUCCUGUGCUUUCUCCAAGUCUCUCUCUACCCUGGAAUAUUCGAGAGUAAAACAAACUUCUAUCCAGACAAGACACAAUAAAACUCACCAUCUCCUGGAGACCUUUCUUAACUUUUUUUUUAAGAAAUGAAAUGAAAUGAAAUUCUUUUGCAUGCUGCUGCAGCCUUUAAAGUAUUGAACUAACUGGAGAAUCACCAACGUAGCCAGAGAGAAAGAGACAUUUUAACGGAAAAGUUGUGCAUUUUUAUGACACACGCAGUUGCCUGUGUGAUUAGUGCCUAGAGGCCUCCGUUUAGCAAAAUGGCAAUGACGGUGAUGCAAUGUCUGGAAUCUGGUUGGGCAGUAGGGCAGGUAUGAGGAAGAGUGAGAUUUCUACCUUUAAUUCUUACUAUCCUGAUGUGGCAUAUAUGAAUUGUCAAACAUUAUCUGAAUAAAUUCUCCAUCCUUGGUAAGGUA